AUGGGCUCCUCCAUCUUACUUCGUGGUGGGACAGUUCUCAGUCACGACGAACACGAUCACGUCAUUCCGCUCAUCGAUAUGGAUGUUCUCAUCAAUAACGACAUUAUCGCCAAAAUUGGGCCAAAACUCACAGUGCCUCCUGGUCAGAAGGUCGAAGUGAUAGAUUGCAAGGGGAGGAUCAUCUCCCCUGGCUUUAUUGACACCCAUCAUCAUCUCUGGCAGACCCAAUUGAAGGGGAGGCAUGCAGAACAAGGACUGGUUGAGUACAUGGUCAAAGGAUAUAUGGCGUCCUACACUUACACCCCAGCAGACACCUAUUGGGGUCAGCUUUCUGGUUGUCUGGAAGCUAUUCACGCCGGAACGACUACCGUCCUAGAUCAUGCACAUAUCGCCUACAGUGUCGACCACGUAACAUGCGCACUUGAUGGGUCCAUAGACUCCGGGAUAAGGUCUAUCUUUGCCUAUUCAGUCCCGAUUCGUCUCACGCACUGGGAUAAAACGAGCUGCAACAUCAAUCGUGACUUCCUGCCGGACUGGUCGCUAGACCAAGUGUCAGAGCUGGCAACGAAGUUUAAUGGAGACACGGCCAGCAGGGUAGAGAUAGGUAUGGGCUUCGAUGCUUGGUUCCUGCCUAAAGAGCUCGUGCUCGGGGCUUUGGGGAGGCUGAGAAAGUGUGGCGUGAGACUCAUCACCUCCCAUAUAUCAAGAAAUGCGUUCUAUGGGCUCCAGUCCUCGAUCCCCCUUCUUGAGGCAUAUGGUCUACUUCGACAGCCUUACCAAGCAUCAAAUAAUACGGAAGAGCUUCCAUUUCUACAUUUAAGCCAUUGCAGCAAUCUCUCGGAGGAAGAUUUAGCCCUGAUUGCCAGGAAAGCGACGCCUAUUUCGAGCACGCCAGAUACCGAAGCACACAUGGGACUGGGAUAUCCCAUCGCUCUGCAUUCGGCUUUUCGGUCCACAAGUACAUCAUCGAAUGCCGGACUUGGGAUAGACUGCCACACAAAUAACCCAAGUAGCAUCUUGCUUCAAGCGCGCGCCCUGCUCCAGCUGACUCGUGCCCAACAUAACGAUAAACACCUCCAAGAGGACAAGUACCCUGCUGCGGAUGUGCUGAGCUCGACUGAAGAGAUCUUCAACCUCGCGACAAUCCGGGGUGCGAGAAGUCUGGGGCUCGAGGACAAGAUCGGGAGUGUCCAGGAAGGGAAAAAGGCAGAUAUAGUGAUCUUUGAUGCCGACGGCAGUGUGGGCAUGCUGUCUGCAACGGAAUUUGAUCCCCUUGUUAGUGUCGUUCGGUUUAGUGAGGCCGCAGAUAUUGAAUUUGUCAUUGUGGAUGGCCAGAUGAGGAAGCGGAAUGGGAGGCUUGUGGACGUUGAGACCAGUGGAGCUUCAAGUGGGGAGGGUCAUAUCUUGCAAUGGAGAGAGGUAGCUCACAGAGUCAGAGGGAGCCAGAAGGAGAUCCAGGACAGAAUAGACACGUUGAAUAUGGAAAAGGGCCGGGAAUCUCUCUUCAACGCUCUUCAGGUCGACGAGUCAAACCUGGUGGAUGGCACUGUCUGA